GCCGUGUUGCUUUCUGCAACGCUCAGAAAGCGUAACAGAUACCGGGAGACGAACAAGAGCGCAUCCGAAGCAGUAGUAGUCGGCUGGAACCUCGGUCUCAUCUCACUGUUGACCAACCAUGUCGGCAACACAAGCCUGAUCCUAAUUCUCCUCUCCCCAUCAUUCCCGUCGGAUCCAACGUAACUGGUCAAAGGCGUGUGUAGGGCAUAUUCCUUUCUUUCACACUUCCUUUCUUCGAUCACAUCCCCGAGCAGAUCCACUGUCACUAUGAAAACUGGGGAGUCUCGGUAAAAAACAUGGCCAUGCACUGCCGCAGCGCCCUCGGAGACACGUCCGUUCCAAACCAAUGCCUGCUUCUCUUUAUAUAGCUUAAGAUCCGCCACCGUACCCUCGAAGAAGAAGAAGAAGAAGAAGAAGAAGCAGGAGGAGGCGCUCGAGGAGUAGCUUCAUGCAUGUGUCACAACGUGGCGAACCCACACCAGCUGCCCGACGACAGCUUCGCCGCCGAGGGGAGUGAUGGCGCACCGCUCUCGAGUUACCAUCGGGCGCAGGAGAUAUCCACCAUAGUGUCAGCGCUGGCGCAUGUCAUGGCUUCCGAGCGGAGGCCGCGGCCGGUUGGGAUGGCGGUGGACUCCGUGUCGGUCGUCUCUUCCUCGUCUUCCUCCUCCUCCUCCUCCUCAUCUUCGCUGUCCUGCAUCUCUUCUUCGUACUCGUCCCCGUCUCUGGGCGGCCAAGGUGGCGGCGCAAGCAGUCAGAACAGGACGAGACGGGUGCCGUCGCCGCCGGACUUGGCGUUGAGGCACCAUCAAGGCCUUGGCGAGUUCGCACGCUACCGAGGCGACGCAUCACCAGACGUUGCAGUAACAGAGCAGUAUCCACAAGGAGGCCCUCUGCCAAUACUAGGAUACCCUGUUCCUGCAGCAGCCAUGGAAGAGCCCUCCCCUGCUUCCUCCAACCCGGAAGAGGCGGAGAGAAGCGAGCCGAGAAGGAAGUACCGCGGCGUCCGCCAGCGGCCGUGGGGAAAAUGGGCGGCGGAGAUCCGGGAUCCCCACAAGGCGGCGCGGGUGUGGCUGGGCACGUUCGAGACUGCCGAGGAGGCAGCGCGGGCGUACGACGCAGCCGCCCUCCGCUUCCGUGGCAGAAGAGCCAAACUCAACUUCCCCGAGAACGUCCGACUGCAGCCGUCGCUCUCCGUCCCGCUUGCGACGUCCAAUUCCCCUGCCACCACGUCGGAUACCAUAACCGAUUACUUGGCGUACACGAGGCUGUUGCAGGGGGGCGAGGAGCACCCGAGGAUCCCUCCGACGAGUCUCUUGGAUCAGUACAUGUACUCCAAUUACGCUUCGCCCAUGUGUUCGACUGUGAACGACGGCAGUUCUUUACCUGCUCCCUCCAUCCCUACCUACUCCUCCGUUGUAUCUUCAUCAUCAACUCCGUACUCUCCAUUCUAUGCUUCGAGCACGACGGAGCAGCAGACGAACUGGAGUGGAGUGUCGGAUAUUCCGGAGACAUCAUGGAUGGGUUCCAGCCAGUUUCCUCCAUCUUCUUCAGGCAGCUGAAGCAGGUCCAUUGGUUCUGCUCCAGUGUUCUUUCUCGCCUUCUUUUCUAUCUUUACACACAGUAGACUCUGUUUCCAUCUUCUUCUUCUUCUUCUUCUUCUUCUUCUUUUCGGAGGCUGAUAGCAAAUAAUCAAUGUAUUUUUCUUAUUUGAAUGGAUUUUCUAAACUUCUUCCAAUAA